UUAAAUCACCUUCCAACAUCAAUAGAAAAUAAUCAAACCCAUCUUUUCUUUCCUUUCAAUUUCUUUGAGUUUUUAAGCAGUUCCAAGUUCUAAGAAUGGCUUUGGCACGUCUGGCUUUGAGGAAUUUGUCUCAAAGGCUUGGCUCCUCAACUUCUUUGGUUACUCAGAGGAGUGGUGUUGAUGUGCCAAGGCAAAGGUGGAAUGAUGAAUUGUUGAAGAGGUUUAUGACAACAGCUGGUGAGACUUCUGAUGGUAAAGAAGUUGCUGUAAGUGAGGGCAAUAAGAAGUCUAAACUAUUUCCUAGGAGGAGAGGCCGGAGGGGUCUGUGGAGGAGCAAUGGACGAGAAUUCGUUCCACAGCUAUAUGAGUUCUUCCCCUCAGGGUUAGGAAAUGCACUGUUGCAAGCGACAGAGAACAUCAACAGGCUAUUCGAAAGCCUAAACUUGUCACCCGCAAACCUAAUGGACCGUUUUAAAGAGAAAGAUGAUUGCUACAAACUGAGAUACGAGGUUCCUGGACUAUCCAAAGAGGACUUGAAAAUCACCAUUGAUGAUGGGGUCCUGACAAUAAAGGGAGAGCACAAGGAAGAAGAAGAAGAAGCAUCUGACGACGAGCAGUGGUCAAUGAGGAGCUAUGGAUACUAUAACACCGGUGUUUUGCUGCCUGAUGAUGCUAAAGUUGAUGAUAUUAAAGCCGAGUUGAAGAAUGGGGUUCUCCAUAUUACCAUUCCCAGGACUGAACAGCCUAAAAAGGAUUUGAAGGAGGUUCAAAUCCAUUGAUUUCUGCUGCUUGUGCUUUGUGUUUAAUUAAAGCUUGUUUUCUCUCUCUUGUUGUUUUGGUGUGCUAUGCGAGCCGUUUUCACAGAUGUAAGUCGUGUGACUGAUAAUAAAAAUGAGUUCUCUUGGAGAAAAUUGAAUGGA